AAAGUCUUCAAAUAUGAAGCAAGCAAUCUCAUAUUUCCAGUCAAACAGGCUGACUUUGACUAAAAACCCAUGGUCACAUCUUAAAACAAUAUAAGGCCUGUUACGUUAAUGUAUCUUAAAGUGGUAAAAGAAAUAGUAAGGCGCAUAGAAAUGGAGGUGAUGGAGAAGAUGAUCUCUGAAGAUGAAGAUGUUUUGCUCCCUGGUUUUCGAUUCCAUCCUACUGACGAAGAGCUUGUGGGGUUUUAUCUUAGAAGGAAAGUGGAGAAGAAACUCUUUAGUAUUGACAUAAUCAAACAUGUUGAUAUCUACAAACAUGAUCCUUGGGAUCUUCCAAAAGUUAGCAAACUGAGCAGUGGUACAGAGAAAGAAUGGUACUUCUUUUGUAGAAGAGGAAGAAAAUACAGGAACAGCAUAAGGCCAAACAGGGUAACAGGGUCGGGAUUCUGGAAAGCUACUGGGAUCGACAAGCCUAUAUAUUCGGUAGGUGGAUUUCAUGAUUGCAUAGGCCUGAAGAAAUCCUUGGUUUAUUACAAGGGGAGUGCAGGGAAAGGCACUAAAACUGAUUGGAUGAUGCAUGAAUUUCGCCUCCCACCACCCUCCACAACUACUCUCUCAAGCACCAACAAGGACAACUUGCCAGAAGCUGAAGUUUGGACACUUUGCAGAAUCUUUAAACGGGAUGUUUCAAGUAGAAAGUUUGCAUCAGAUUGGCAAAAUAAGAAGAAUAAACAAAAUACUAAUACUAGUGCCAGCAGCUCUAGAGCAUGCAGUGUAGAAUCGGAAAAUAGUUUGAAGGUAGAGAAUUUCGGAGUUUUAGAUGAUAAGGGGAUCGAAAGGAAGCUUCAGAAUGAUCAUUUCCUUGGAGGGAACCAGUUGUUUGCAGCAACAACUCAAGUGCUUCCAUCAUAUUUAAGCUUUUCUAACCCAAAUGCAGCUGAUGAAUACUUCGGACAAGAACACUGGGAUGAACUUAGGCCUGUAGUUGAUUAUACCAUAGCUAAAUCACUGCAAUAUAGUGAUUGGUAGAUGUUUAAGGGAUAUACAUAUAUAUAUAUACACAACUCGAGAUAACCAUGAAUCUCUUUGAAGAAUAUAUACCGAUCCAUUUUAAGUUGGAUGCUCUUGUUUGAUUUUUGGUGUAGUAAAACUAGAUGAAGACUACAAUCACAAAAAAUAGAGAGAUGUGGUUUUUUUU